GGCUAAUGGAUACUUCGCCAUCCGUUCAUGGUCAUAUAAGGCGACCGGUCAGUAAAUUAAUCGAGUGGAUCAUUUGUAGCUUAACCUGGCCAUACUUGAACAUAAAGUAAAUAGUAUAUGAAUCGCUGAAUUAAUUAUCUGCGAGAAAAUCCAUCUCCCAUUUUGCUCAUAAGCCUGUCCAGCCAGCACACUAUCAUCGAAAUCUUUAUAUCAAGCAACUAUCAGGACUGGUUAGCUGAUCAUAAAUCCUUGACCGUAACACAUGAAUGUGUGAGAAUUGUGAAAGUGUAUGGAGAGCCAUCUCGAUUGAGUAGUCAUCAACAUUCGCUAUCAUCUUUCAAAAUGGUUGAAGUUUCGACAAAACAGGUUAUAAAGAAGGAGCUUCCUAAACGCUCUCGGGCAUUCAGCACAAGAGCUAAGACGGGCUGCAAAACUUGCAAGGUUCGCCAUGUAAAAUGCGACGAAGGGAGACCUGGAUGUAGGAAAUGUGCUGCAACAGGUCGUCAAUGUGACGGCUAUGCUCAUUGCACGCCUAGUCCAAACCCCAAACCCAGUGCGCUUUCGUCUUCAAUCGUCCCGAAAUCUUCCAGCCGUGCUACACAUCAACUACCUACAAUAGUUCCCGACUUUUUGUCCCCGUCGCUAGCUGUCAGUGACCAGGAACAACAUUCGUUCCACUUUUUCCACACACAAACUGCGCCUCAGCUUAGCGGUUGCUUUGGCUCAAAGUUCUGGGAUUAUUUCGUUCUACAAGCUUCACAUCGUGAGCCGGCUGUACGACAUGCAGCUAUUGCGCUCGGGUCUUUACAUGAGAGGUUUGAGUUGGAAGAUAGAUUUAUCUCCAAGGUAAGGUACGAUACUGAGGAAAAUUCCUUUGCCGUACGUCAAUAUGUGAAGGCAAUAAAUUGUCUAGUGCAACCGAACAUGUCCAAGCAUACAUGUAAGUCGGCAAAUAUCGCGUUAACAACCUGCAUACUAUUCAUAUGCUUCGAGACUUUAAGAGGGCACCACAACUCUGCUCUGGCGCAUAUCGACGGCGGAGUGAAGAUAUUUUCAGAGCUACAGGUCUCCGGACACUCAGCUCCUAUUUCACAUGAUCUGCCUGAAGAUCAUAUUCCCGUCUCAAUAUUCCGUAUGUUAUUCGGCAGAUUAGAUACACAAGCCUCGGUUUUAACUUCGAGGGCACGCAUAAUUGAUGGCGAAUCUGGGUCUUCACCAAACUCUAUUCCAGACAGAUUUUUGAAUAUUGAACAAGCGCGCGAGGCAAUGGAAUCAAUUUGGACAUAUAGCGCAAGGAAUCUUCUAUCUUGUUCCAUGUAUAAUGGCGUUCCCCUUCCUCUCCCUACCAGCCAGGAAACCAAAUUUCAAUUGUUGGCUCAUCUCGAGAAUUGGAACCGAGCGUUUGAGUCAUUUUCAUGCAUGUCAACCGAAAGAGGUAAUGUUGAGAUAGUCAGCCCAAUGGAAAUGAGGGCAAGAGACCUUCUCCGCCUACACAAAACCAUGACUCAAAUAUUGGUCACGACAUCCACAACACAUUCUGCGAGGUUUAACGAAUCGAGUGAGCUACUUUGGGACGAUUUUCAGUUGGAAUUCGAGGCGAUGGUAAAUUGGGCAUCCGAGAUCAUCCGUACGCCAUCAGAUAUCCAGAUAGGAGGUCGUAAAGCCGCAAGUUUCACACUAGACAGCGAAAUACUACAGCCCUUGUUCUUGAUAGCCACGAAAUGUCGACAUAGACGCAUAAGAAACAAAGCUAUCCUGUUACUAAACCAGGCUGAUAGGCAGGAAGGUCUAUGGAACAGUCUGUUAACUGCAAAAGUGGCCGAGAGGAUCCGAGAGAUUGAAGAGAGUGGAUUGGGCGAGAUGGUAGCAAUAGUUCCAGAAUCAAAUCGCCUACGAAAUAUCGAUAUGAAGUUUGAAUUUGAAGGUUAUAAUGGAAGAAGAGCUUGGCUUGGAUAUAGGACUUUCUCUGCGUACGAGAGCGGAGAAUGGAUCCAAAUUCAUGAACGCAACACCCCGUCUGAGACGUUCAAAACACCGAGUGGGUCGGGAGAUUCGUCUUUUCAGGUUCAUGAUAUUCAAAGAAUUGAAAGAAGCAGGGAACACUCCUUCGAAUCAGCAUGGAGAGUCAGUAUCAAAUCAGAAUCGUUUUAAAUCUGGCGCAGAAUUGGAGCUGGUAAUAUCUCAAUAUCGAUCGUGUUCAUACGGCAGGAAUGGAUAUUCGAAUAGAAUAAUGAACUAGACAAUGUAUCCAGAAAAUGCAUACAAGAAAUCACCACUUCCAAUGUAUAUCCAUUGACCUCAGAAAGGUGGAACUAUGUGAAGACAAGACCAAGUCAAUCCAGCAUAUCCUAACAUACUCAGUAUGAAGGUACCAGAAACUAGAUCUCCAAGUUGCUUUAACAAUGGGGUGGCUUGCAUCCAAAUUCCACACCAGAACCCA